CCUAAAAGGAGGCGGACAGCUGGUCCGCAUAAUGAAAAAUAGCACCCCCUCAAGUGUGGGAUUUGCUGUUUUUCAUGUUUAAAUUAACACAGGUACUUAAAGAUUCUCUUCGGUGUGUUGUGUAGCCGUGAUCCAUUAGGAGAAAAACCCCAAGGAGCGAGGAUGUUGGUCCCCGCGGGAAGAUAAUGAAGAGACUGCGCGUUUUGUUGGUGUGCCUCAUUGUAGCUCUCCUGUGCUGGUACCCUAGUCAACAUGUCUAUUGUUCAGAGCAGAGCUUGUCUGGCUCAGGUCAGCCUCGACAGGAGAAAGAUCCUGAUGGCCUCGAGCAGGAGCAGGACUCCACGCAAAACAAGGUGGUGGAAGAGUGGAAGACACACACAUCAUACGAUAUGGGGCUAGAAACCGAGAGAGCAGCACGAGAGAAACUACAAAAACAGAGCAUACACCAUGAAGAGACUGUGAAGCCACAAGAAGCUGGAGAGGAAGAGACAAAGCUAGACCCAGAGUCGGAUACUGUACCUGUUGCCCCUGAGCCAGAACCUACCCCAGAUCCCCAGGCUGACUUGGGCCUGCAGAUUCACACACAGGACCACGACCAUAAUGCCCCAGUGCUCGCCACUCCAGAACCAGUUCCAGCACAGGGCCAAGUGACCACAGAUACCCCAGCAGAGACUUCAAGUGAACCAAUUCCCAAUCUAGACUCAAACCCAGACACAUCCCCCGAUGAAGCUGAAAACAAACCUACCUCACAGAGUGCUGGGCUGACCCACACAGGUGCAGUGCGGGUUGCCAGUGCAGGAGAUGAAUUCCCAGUAGACAGCUUUGUCUUUGCUGAGCACUCUGAUUCACAGUGCGGGGUCAUUCCCCCCGAACUGGCAACCUGUGAAAGCUCCCCUUUUGGCAGCCCUCUCCUCAGCAUGGAUGAGGCUGUCACAGAGGACCAGCAGACAGAUCAGAGGCACAGCUCUGGUCCUGAAACAGAAAUUCAGUCGACUCCAGGCCUAGUGGACCAGGAACAAGAGCAGCGUGAGGUGCUCGAAGAUGGGCUGUCUGUUUUGGAACAAGUGGGCAACACCUCACACCACCAACACAAAAAACAGCAGACAGGGGAAACAAACGCUCCCAGGGAGACUGAUCCCUCUGUGCCCAGCAAAGAGGACAUCCCUACCUUUGAUGAAUGGAAGAAGCAAGUCAUGGAGGUGGAAAAGGAGAAAAGUCAGUCUCUCCAUACCUCAACCAGCAGCAGCCCCCAUCCAACAAAGAAGGUCCAGAAAAACUUCAAGAAUAACUACGCUUCUGUAGAGUGUGGAGCCAAGAUACUCUCUGCCAACAGUGAGGCCAAGAGCACGUCUGCUAUUCUCAUGGAGAAUAUGGACUUAUACAUGCUGAAUCCAUGCAGCAACAAAAUUUGGUUUGUGAUAGAACUCUGUGAGCCUAUUCAAGUGAAGCAGUUGGACAUUGCAAACUUUGAGCUUUUCUCAUCUACACCCAAAGACUUUCUAGUUUCCAUCAGUGACAGAUAUCCUACCAACAAGUGGGUAAAGCUGGGAACUUUCCAUGCUCGCGAUGAACGGAUAGUCCAGAGCUUCCCACUAGAUGAACAGCUUUAUGCUAAAUAUGUGAAGAUGUUCAUCAAGUACAUAAAGGUUGAACUUCUCUCUCAUUUCGGAUCUGAACACUUCUGUCCCCUCAGUCUUAUCAGGGUGUUUGGUACCAGCAUGGUGGAGGAGUAUGAGGAGAUAGCAGAUUCUCAGUACCCCUCAGAGAGACUUGAGUAUUUGGAUGAGGACUAUGACUAUCCUCCUGGCUACCAACCAACAGAAGACAAGGCCUCCAAAAACCUGCUUGGUUCAGCAACCAAUGCCAUCCUAAACAUGGUAAACAACAUUGCUGCUAAUGUGCUGGGAGGAAAGCCAGAGCUGGAGACUGGAGCAGAAACGGGAGGUAACGCAACAGAGGGGGGUGAAAAGGAGAGCACAGAGUCAGCUAAACCAACUGAGGCCCUACACACAGUACUGCAACCUUCAAAGCCAGAACAACCUACAACAGAAGAGGUCUCUGUCUCUAGUGACUCCUCCACAUCUUCCCACUCAUCAUCUGAUCCACAUAAGGAUGUGGAUCAGAUUGUCACUCUAGUAGAGGAGGAGGAAGAGGAUGAGGAGAUCAGACUGUCAACUGUUACUCUAUUGGAGGAGGAGGGAGAGGAUGAUGAAGAAGGGGAAAAGAGCGAGGAGGAGAUGAGGAAGGAGGCAGACAGGAACCAGUGGGAGAGCCAGGCUUACUGUCCUUUCACCUCCUUCUCCUCCCUCUCUCUGUCUUGCAUGGUCACUCUGCCUGAGCUGCUCCAUCGCUGGUGCUCUGCCAGGCUGGCCAAGGAGAGACUGCGCAGCCUUAAGAAGAGGCAGCUUAGCACUCAAACACAGACUCACCCUACUGUGAGCACACCUGUCCUCACACACACACCUCCACUGAUUCCUAUUCCUGCCCCCACACCUAUCCAAGAACCCCUUCCUCUCACAGAAAAAGCUCCAGAACUCGAGGUGCCUGAGAAGGGGCAAAAUGAGUGCAGAGCUCUCAGUGAGGAGUACACCACUGACACGCCUCUCAGCACUGACACACCUGAUUCAUACACUCCCGAGCUCAACAUCCUCCUAGAGCCCAGCAGAACCUCCACCAUCCCCCCUCAGAGUUUCUCAAACAGCCACAGCUCCCUAACACAGCCUACCCCAACCCCUAAGGAGAACUUGUUACCUUUAGUUAAAGACGCAACCCUAGAUCCUGUCCCCACUCCUCUCCUCCAAGCUGUCUCUAUCCCAAAGACGCAGCACGCCAGCAGCGUCACCCCCACGCUUUCUGCCAGCACUCCCCCGUUAUCUCAAUCUUCUGAGACGGCUUCUCCUGUCGUCACGGUUCCUCCUGUCAAAGAUCAGCCUGUUCAGCCUCUUCCCACUGCUUCAAGACCUGAGGAUUUUAUCUCCCCUCCCACUGAGCUGCCAGCAGCUUUGCCUUCAAAUGACAUUCACACAGACUCAGUUAAGUCAGGCGUAGACAGCGGGGACUCGCAGAGACAAAAUGUUCAGGCCUCCCAGACCCACGGGGAGCAGGCUGAUUCACUUCCUCAGACAGGAGAGCCUCAUCGGGUGGAAGAGACUGUAGAAGAGGAACUGCUGAAUGCUAGUGGUAAUGGCAACGCUCAGCGGACGGCUACAGACUUCUAUGCAGAGCUGCAGAACGGUGGAGAUUAUAAUGGUGGAGCAGUGAAUGGGAACAGCGUGUUAGUUAACGGAGGCGCAGUCCACGGAUCCAGCCAGAAAGAGAGUGUGUUCAUGAGGCUGAACAACAGGAUCAAAGCUCUGGAGAUGAACAUGAGUCUGUCCAGCAGAUACUUGGAGGAACUCAGCCAGAGAUAUCGUAAACAGAUGGAAGAGAUGCAGAAAGCGUUCAAUAAGACCAUCAUCAAGCUGCAAAACACCUCCCGUAUUGCUGAGGAACAGGACCAGAAGCAGACAGAGUCCAUCCAAGUCCUGCAGAGUCAGUUGGAAAACGUCACUAAACUGAUGCUCAAUCUCACAGCUACAGUCAGCGAGCUGCAGAGAGAGGUAUCUGACCGUCAGAGCUACCUGGUGGUCUCUCUGGUUCUGUGUCUAUUUCUGGGGAUCCUGCUGUGUCUGCAGUGCUGCCGCAGCUCGGCCCCCGGCCCCAGCACCAACUCUACUGCUCUUCCCAAGAGCAACCACUACCCCAGUCCCAAGAGAUGCUUCUCCUCUUACGAUGACAUGAGCCUGAAGCGCAGGGUGACCUGCCCACUUGUUCGCUCCAAGUCGUUUCACCUGUCCUCUACAGAAGUAGGUCCAGAUGACUUGUACAUUGUAGAACCUCUAAGGUUUUCUCCAGAGAAAAAGAAAAAACGCUGCAAGGCAAAGUCUUUGGACAAAGUUGAGACUCUGAAGGCAUUCGAUCCUUCUGCUCUCCUCACUAACGGGGAUCCCAAGUUUAACAGCUUCCACCCGUGUCUCCCUGCGCCACCAUCCUCAACACGCCCCCUACCUCUUCCUCCUCCUCCUCCACCUCCUCCUCCCUUGCCUCCUCCCCCUUCAACACCACAGGAGGGCCCAUUAUUGCCCCGUCGCACCUCUAAGGAGUUCCCCUCAGAGACUAGCAGCUGCAGCUCGUCCACCCAUUCUGAGGAGUCGUACGCCAGCCGGCUCCCCCCUCCUUCUCCCGUCUUCCCCGCUGAUGGCGUGUGCAACGGCCACGGCCUUUCUUUCCCCCUCAGCCAGCCGGUUGCUAAGUCCCGUCAGGAGAAGCGCUCAACGAAGCGGCGGAAGUCUCGCCAGACCGAGCUGCAGUUCCCGCACAUGCCAGUGGGGAGCGUUGGUUCUCUGCCCAGCCUGCAGCAGCUUAUGAAGGGAAACAAGGAGAUGAGUGUCGGGACCAUCGGGGUGACAGCCGUCACCGGACAUGUCUGAAUCCUCACGCGUCACCUUUACACGAUUAUCUGCUCACACCUGUGCACACACUACACGGUAGCAGACAUGACAGACAGAAGAGGUCUUACCACAACCCAAAGAACCACAUUUCCCAUGAGCACCCAGGCGCACCGUGGAACUGAAUUGGCUAUGGCAGCAGUAGCUCAACAUCAUUCAGUUCUUAUUCACUCCUGUCAAAGACCCGUUUACGGUUAUGUGCCUUUAUAUCUGUUCUAGACCUUCUAACUCUUAAAAACGUGAAAUGUAAACAGUUGUUGAUGUGCACAAAAAGACACUGUGAUAGGAAGUGAAACACCAAGAAGAGUCAAAACUAUUGAAGUGUGUUUGAGAGAUUUUAUUUUAUUUUCAUUUUUCUACUGGAUAAGCACAUUUACCCAUGAAAGUGGAGCACCAGUGAAUUCAUUUCCCCACUCUGAGCACAGUGAGGAGAGGUGCUGGUCUCAACUCCGUGUUCCUUGAAAAGUAUUAGGCUGCUCUUUGGGAUGAAAUAUGUCAUUAUAAGAGGACUGUGGAGCAUGACAAAUGACUUCUCUUAUUCUUAUUUCCUCCUGUCUUUCAUUGCCAUCAUUUAACCUUUUCCAUCCUGCCUUAGUCUCUAAAUGACUGCAGGUGUUUGUUUGGGACCAGUGGGUAAAACCGUCUCAUUCUCGCCUUCUGUCUCUGUCAGUUUGUUCCAAACCAACCACGAGAGCUGAAUGAAGAAAAGUCUACAUGAGCGUAUUAGCCCUUUUCUUUUCUUUUCUUUUUUUUUAAGUGUCUCAAUUAACUUCAUAAAACAAAUACAGUAGCAGCAGUCCAGCUCCUGUAGACCCUGCUCAGUUUGGGCUGGGCCCAAAAAUGCUGUCACAUUAGAUUUUGUAACUGUGAUAAAACAGCUCAGAGGCAAGAAGCUGUAAUAUAUUGUUUCAUUACUUUUAUAGUUCUUUCAUUUGUAACUGAGCCAUGUUUCUCUUAGCAUUGCUGGUUCGGCUUGUUUGAGUUGCUGUCAGAGCCAGUAUGGGGCAAAGUGUUUCCUGUUAAGGGCACAGUUUACUGUAGGGUAACCUUGGGUAACAGAGCUGAAUGUUUACGCACACCCUCUCGUGGACCUUGCAGAUGGGUCUGACAGAUCAGCUUUAUUUAUCUAUUUAUUUAUUUAAAUGAACAGAGAAUUUUCUAACCUAGUCGCUGGUUUGCCAGUCUCCCAGUCUUGCAGCGUCACAGUGGCUCAAUGCAAGUUUGUUACAUAGAAUUACUACUCAGUGGUACUGACACAUACAGUCAUGGUGGAUGGCUCAAACACAUUUGCUUUCUUUCGUUUUCUUACCUUAUAACGUCGUCUAAUUGUACUUGGCUCAGCCUGAAAUAUCGGACAGUAAUCGCAUUUUAUAUCCAACAAAAUAACAGUUAAAGGCUACAUGUAUGUUGGGAACACGCUGCUGCUUCUGUGUGUUUUCAGAGCUGCUGGAAAGUUGGAGAUGCUUUUAUUAAAGAAAAAAGAGAGAGGCUAUAACAAUGACUGUAGUACUGUGCUGUCUUCUGUCUGCCUUUUCAGCAUCUCUGCUGGAUUGGCUAACUGAUUUUAUGUUACCCUGGCUGUUUUGUUAAUGUAUAUUCAAUAUAACAAUUCAGCAAAAACACUGCAGGAAGCUGCAGAUUUAUUUUUGUUUGCUUUUAAAGAAUAAAUUUAACAGAGGUUUUUUUUUUUU